UUGAUAAGUGGGAAUUCUUCACAUAAUUAUGAAUAAAUCCCAGACGCUCAUAAUGAUUAUUUUUCCUAUAGUCUAAUGUCGUUUUGGGUGGCGCGUCGGCGGGUGGAAUUCAGAACGACUUUUUCAUCUGUGUAGGCUACUGUAGUCUAGAUAUACACAUGUCAUCCGUUUGCGGUUUAAUUUUUCCAUCGAAUGGAAUAUAUUUUCACAUCUGAAUGGAAAAUGCAUUAAGCUAUAGACUAGGCCUACUUAAUAGAGCAUUCAAAUUGAGUCUCGUAAUUUUUCACUUUAGUUAUUUGCAUCGUUUUUGCCUAAAGGGAAAUUGAGUGCCACCUGAAUAAAAUCGUGGUUUUCAGUGCGACUUGUGUUUCAAGCGCUCAAUUGACAAUGAAACAUCUCUCAAUCACCAAGGACUCCGAGGCUAGCUGAGCUUAUACUACCAGUUUCCAAGCACGAGGAACGAGGAUAUGCUGACUCGAAAAUAUUUGAAGAUACGGAAUUGUCAUCAAUACGUUGACAAAUGCUUCAAUUGGAAACAAUUCGAGUGGUGCGUUCUCAUUAGCAUUUAAUGCGCCGUAUCGGCUGGCCCCAGCCAUCAUCGUGCGCCUCCGCCGCGGACAUUUAUAUUGGAAGCAACAGGCUGAGCUCAUCGCACUGAUGAGAAAGUCGCCUUUCGCCGGAGAAAUUCACUUCCUGUGUGUUUAUGCAAAACCAUACGAGCCGAGUGCGUUCACCCGUGUCGUGCUGACUACAUCUCCCCUUUAAACUACCUGGGAUAGUGGUGACAAUUUGUUGGAACUGGUCCUCAAGACGCGCCCACAGAAGAAUUGCGGGCGUAGUGCAUUUCGUUUACGCGCAGGGGACACACAGCUGUGGAAACCCUACACUGCAUGUGGAGUGCUGAUGGUUGACAGGGCGAAAGAGGGCGGUCAAAACACAGACGGGUUAAACAGCGUGCCUUGGCUAUGGUUUCAUAUCUAAAUACAAGGAGCUGGAAUACUUAAUUUUCUGUUCAUUCAGAGAGCUCCACAUCUACACCUCCAAGACAGCCACGCAUGCCCCAGAGGACCUUUGCACAUCAGCACUUCAUGCCCGCCUUGGUGAUGCCAUGCCCCGCAACCACAGCGGAGAUGAAGGCGGCACGGGGCUCUGGAUGAAAACUUCUCCGGGCCACCGCGCCGAGGGCUAUGACUUGAAGGAUGUGGAGUCCGGCCGAAGGAUGAUGAACAACGCCAGUGCCGGGGACGGUUUGCUGUCGGCCUCCAGUGCUACAGGUGCCGGGGGUUCGGAGAGCCUGAGGGGAAACAAGGGAGCCCGGCUCAGCCUGCUGGGAAAGCCGCUCAUAUACAGCGCUCAGAGCGGCCGGAGAAACGUCCGUUACCGAAGGCUGCAAAAUUUACUGUACAACGUGCUGGAGAGACCACGAGCCUGGGCGUUCAUCUACCAUGCGUUUGUGUUCGUCCUGGUUUUUGGUUGCUUGGUCCUGUCUGUGUUCUCCACCAUUCCGGCUCACCAGGACUUCUCUUCUGACUGUCUGCUCAUCCUGGAGUUUGUGAUGAUCGUGGUGUUUGGGCUGGAGUACAUCAUCAGGAUCUGGUCGGCUGGCUGCUGCUGUCGCUACAGAGGAUGGCAGGGUCGCCUCCGUUUCGCCCGGAAGCCUUUCUGUGUCAUAGACAUCAUCGUACUGAUAGCCUCCGUAGCGGUGGUGUCGGCAGGAAGCCAGGGUAACAUCUUCGCCACGUCCGCCCUGCGUAGCCUCCGCUUCCUGCAGAUCCUGCGUAUGGUGCGCAUGGACCGGCGCGGCGGCACCUGGAAACUGCUGGGAUCAGUGGUGUACGCACACAGCAAGGAGCUGGUGACAGCCUGGUACAUUGGCUUCCUGGUCCUCAUCUUCUCCUCCUUUCUGGUCUACCUUGUGGAGAACAAGUUCAACAGCGAGUUUGCCACCUAUGCUGAUGCCUUAUGGUGGGGAACGAUCACCUUGACAACCAUUGGUUACGGGGACAAGACCCCGAAGACCUGGACCGGGCGCAUGCUCUCAGCUGGGUUUGCACUACUGGGCAUCUCUUUCUUUGCCCUGCCAGCGGGUAUACUGGGCUCAGGCUUUGCCCUGAAGGUCCAGGAGCAGCACAGACAGAAGCACUUUGAGAAGAGGAGGAACCCAGCCGCUUGUCUCAUCCAGUGUGUUUGGCGUAGUUAUGCGGCUGAUGAGAACUCGGUUUCCAUUGCUACCUGGAAGCCUCAUUUGAAGGCGUUGCAUACCUGCAGCCCUACAAAGAAGGACCAGGGUGAAUCGUCCACAAGUAAGGUUCUCAGUAGUAAGCAGAAGCUACUGAGGAGGUGUACCCUACGGAAACACACUAGCCAGAAGUUGAGUUUCAAAGACCGUGUCCGGAUGGCGAGCCCCAGGGGGCAGAGUAUAAAGAGCCGACAGACGUCGGUGAGCGACCGGCGGUCCCCGGGGACUGAGGCUGGGGGUACGGAGGGCACCAGCCCUGCCAAGGUCCAGAAGAGCUGGAGCUUCAAUGACCGCACCCGCUUCAGACCAUCCCUCCGCCUCAAGAUCCAAUCACGCUCCACUGCCGAUGCUGACUCUAACAUGACCACUGAGGAUGGGUUCGGUGAUGACAAGGGAUGUCACUGUGAGAUCUCUGUGGAGGACCUGCUGCCUUCCGUCAAGUCUGUCAUCCGAGCCGUCAGGAUAAUGAAGUUCCACGUGGCCAAGAAGAAGUUUAAGGAGACGUUGCGUCCGUACGAUGUGAAGGACGUCAUAGAGCAGUACUCCGCCGGACACUUGGACAUGCUGUGUCGCAUCAAGAGUCUGCAAACACGGCUGGACAUGAUAGUGGGGCCCCAGCCCCUGAGCAGCCGAGCCAAGACCUUUUCCUCUCCCUCCCUGCCCAUGUAUUACAGCCAGGGCAGAAAGAACUCCACGCAGGGAGUGGACCAGAUCCUGGGUAAAGGCCAGAUUCCUCUGGAUAAGAAGAUCCGGGACAAGCUGCUGUCUGAUGGAGACCUGCUGGAGGACAUGAGUAUGCUGGGACGCGUCUGCAAAGUGGAACGGCAGGUCCAGUCUAUUGAGUCGAAGCUAGACUCCCUGUUGGACAUCUACCGGCAUGUGCUACGUAAAGGCUCCUCCUCUGCCCUUACCCUCUCCUCCUUGCCCCUGUUUGAGCUGGAGCAGACCUCAGACUACCAGAGCUCUAUCCUCUUCAAGGACCACUCCACCUGCUCUACCCAGGUCAGCAGCACCGGAGGUGGACCAGGGAUAGAGGGCCAAAGGGGGUGCGUGACCCGCUCCUCCACCAACGCCUCAAACCUGUCCCGGGGACUUCACCUUAUCCUGGCGCCGUCCACCGAGCUCAGCCUCAACCUUAACACUGGCACCACCUCGCCUUCUACCAGUGGGCCCCCGCCCUCCUCAUUCAGUCCGUCGCCCCUUCCUCAACACCACCAACAUCAUCAUCAUCAUACCCUCCCGGAAAGUGGGGAACCAGUCCAUAGAGGAAGUUCUUCUCACUCACCUCCUAUUCUUACUCCUAAUUGUGUAUCUGGAGGUGGGGGGUUUCCUACUCUGGCCAGACCCCCACCGCCUCCUCCCCAGCCCAGCCGGACGGUGGGUCACUCCAGGCCCGAGAGGGAGAGGGAGGUAGAGGUGGGUGACUUCUGUGGAAGCCCGGAGGAGAGGGAGGAUGAUGAUGUGUUAGGCCCAGAACAAGGCCUCAGAAUCGGGAGGCUGGGGCAGCCAAGAGGGGGGUCUAGUGGGAACAGCAAUGGCCGGCCCUGCAAUGCCAAAGCAGAGGGCUCCUGGAGGAGACACACGAGCCUGGAGAUGGAGCCCCUGGUACCCCUCUCUUCUGCUCUGGGAGGAGGAGGCCGCUGCUCCUCCAGCUCCAACCCCAGCCAGGUGGACCGAAUCCUGGGCAAGUCCAUGUCCGUCCAAAACCUGGGGCCGGGGGGGUCAACCACCUCCAGGGCCCUGGAUAGCCACCACCAUCCUAGCCUCAGCCUCUCCUCCCCCAGCCCCUGCAGCAGCGACUCCCCUACAGGCUCCCACAGUAGUCAGGACCCUGGGGGAGGGGGCGGCAGGGAUGGCUGGGGGGAGGAGGACCUCUUUAUCAGCGACAGGGACGUGGACGCCCUCCCUCUCCCCCCUGAGGCUCAAGGUGGAGCUUUUGGCUUUGACUUCCUGUCCCAGGGGACAGCCGACGCAACCUCUUACUCAUCAGAGCUACUGAGGACAGACCCGGGGCUUGGGGCGGGGUUAAGUGCUCUGGCAGGUUUCAAUAGGAGCCUGGCGAGAGGGAGCGGGAACAUGUCAUCGCCCCCCUCAGUCGGGAGCACCGAGUCCCUGAGCAUGCCGCAUGUACGGCUAAAAUAAGACACACCCCCGUGUCGUAUGGACCAAUCAAAAACCUCACCUUACAGAGAAGCUCUUUAUUCUAUUUUGGGAGGGUUGAGGGAGAACAGGGAGGGACUAUAAUGGUUAUUUCUGUUUAUUUUUUAUGUUGAUUCAUUUGAUAAAAAGCAUAGUAUUUUUCAUACAUGUCGACGAUACAUGAACAUAUCAUUGCAUGAAUUAUUCUUUUUUUAAAGUACGGUUGAAGAAAUCGAAACAAAGAAAAUAAAGAAGGUAUAAUAAAGAGAGAGGUGUAUAAAAAAGAGACUUUGAGUAAGAGGUUGUGUAUAUAUAUAUAUAUAUAUAUAUAUAUAUAUAUAUAUAUAAAGAAACAAGCAAAACUUGAUCCUGAAAGACAAUGGAUUGAUCUAUGAUCUCGAAACUGCAUGAGCACUGCAUGUUUUCAGUCCAAAUGUCAUGGUAUUUACAACUUACCCAUAAGUCUUGAUUCAUUAACACAGGAAGUUGUUGAUGCCUAUAGGCCUUAUGGCAAAACCCUUCUAGAAAACUUUUCCUUAAUUUUAAUACACAUAAUCAUGUACAGUAAAAGUUCAAGUGUGGGGCAUCCUAACUUAUAAGACUAUAGCUUAUGGGGCAAGUUAAAUGCUUACAUGAACCCAAUAUCAUACUGUUAUCCAAAGCUUCUGAGGCAGCCAUCUUGAAAUGAAUGUUGCCUCAACACGACCAAGUUUUUCACCCACAUCAGUUCCCUAUAAUAGUUUCUCAUUUGAGAGACUAUUGUGGACAUACAAUGGCACAAAACACCCCUCAUUGUAAUAAUAGACUUGCCAAGUCCAGGUCAAUACUAGUUUGAGGUAAAUUAAAUUCUGCCAACAGGUCAAACACACAAAUACACACACACUCCGGUAGUUUACAUACUGUGUAACCAUUGUACACAAGCUGCUACACAUAGUCCCUGGAAAGGAAUAACUGCUAAAACAGGAGACGAAUAGCUGCUAAAACCAUAGAAAUACUAGAAUACGGUCCACCCAUCAUGACACCUUUGAAUGGGGAUUCCCGUUCUAGUAGUUAUAUUUCUAUGCCUAAAACACAGUUCAAUUGCGCACCCCGAGGUGUUUUCUACCCGACGACCAAGGUAUCCACAUUAUGAAUGUGAUUUCUUGAGAUACCUGUAUAUCUUCUCAUUCAAUUUUUAUUAUUUUUUUGUUACUUAUAACACAAGAGAGCAAAACACGAUGAAGGGAGAAAAUGUGCAAAACUAUAUUAUCUGAUUAUGUGACCCUCUUUUAAUUAAAUGAAGAUACUUGCAAUCUUACAGUACACGGUUUCAGUCGAAAUCACACUCACCGGCUGUAGUUCUUUUAAUACAUUAUAGUUUUGAAUGCUUAAACUGAAGUUGACAUGCUGUAGAAUGUAUAUAAUGUUAUGUUAAUAAUCUGUAAGUGAUAUUUUGCACACCCUGGCAAGCAGUGUGAGUGACAUCAUGGCUAAUGCUAACAACAAUUAGCCCUUUUGACUUAAAGGGAUAUGUCACUCAAAUCACAAAAUUACAUUGUUUUUCUUACCCUUCAAGCAGUCUUUGGACAAGGAGAGACAGCAAUGACGGACAGCUAUUUCUUUACAUGGUACUAAAAUAAAAAUGUAAUUUUGUUAUUUGGGUGGACUAUCCCUUUAAAUGUUACAGAUUCAGUACAAGGUCAUGUUCAAUAGGGCACAAUGUAGCAAAACAUUUUGAAACGGAAUGCAAAGAUGACUCAUUGGACACGCUCAGCCUCAGGUAGUAGGCUACUUCAUCGGUUUCAAAACGUUUUGUAACAUUUUGUGCCUACUGAACAGGAUCCUGGUAAGGAUUAUUGGAUGUUUCACCAAGUGGGUUGUUUCAAAGGAGAGAAACCCAUUCUAAACAACAUGAAAUACAGUUUGAAAUUGCACACUAAAUCCAAAGCUCCAGUACACAUACCAUUGGAAACAGAAACAUUAGCAGAAACAUUUAUGGUCGAUUAAAUCCUUAUUGAAGGCUUUACCAGAAUAUGUGAAGUAUAUAAAACUUGCAGUACAUAACAUGGUGCCUUUCUUAGCAAUAUACUGUCCAUUUCAACAUGUAUAUUUGCACCCAACGUGUGGGUUGUUGGCCUUUUGUGCUGAAAUGGUCUCACAUACUUGAUUUUUGUUUCGUCCCUUGUAAAAAAUGAAUAUCUGAUUUGGGCAUUAUUUAUCCACAGAUAGACCAUGUAUUACCAAAGGAAAACUGGCCUUUAGAAAUGUCAUCAUUGUGUCUCAUACGAUCAUUAUCCUAAUUUAUUUAAAUGAUGUGCACAUACCUAUACCAUAGUAAUAAUUUCAGUUAGCUCCAUCAAGCCUGUAAUGUCAUGAAAAAUGCUAAAGAAACUUCUAUUCUCCUACAUCAAUAAAAAAAAGGAAAUUUAA